AUGAUCCGCCACGACUACUCUCGAGUUGACCCCAAGCGACGCGCGCAAAUCGAUCCUAAGAGGCAACAAUUUAAGAAAGCAGAGUUCCAGCAGCAGAACUAUGAACACCGACUGAACUUCUACACGCUGCCACCCACUGCAGAGAUCACAUUGGAAGAGUUCGAGACAUGGGCAAUCAACAGACUGAAGGUCCUCUCCGAACUGGAAGCCUGCAGUUUCCGCAACAAAGGCCCCGAAGAGACCGCCGAAUACAUGAAGAGCAUACUGGAGAAGUACCUUCCACUGCGAUCGGAUUCCUCAAGAAGUCAGAAACUACAAGAAGAGCGGAGGAGAGACCACUAUUCACACUUCAUACUGCGCCUUGCGUUUUCGUCAACAGAGGACCUGCGACGGCGGUUUUCGCGGCUAGAGACUAUGCUGUUUACGCUGCGGUUCAAGGAUGAUGAUCUACGAGAAAGGCAACAAUUUGUGAACAGCCUGAAUCUGGAUUGGACAGAGGUCAAGGAAGAUGAGAAGCGGGAGUUGAGGGACGAGUUACAUGCGGCGAGUGGUAUCAAGAAGACUGAGGACCAGGAGUGGUUCAAGGUUGAUUGGGAGAGGGUACCUGAACUUGUUGCGCAACGGAAGGUGCUGUUGAAGAGGGGAAUGGCGUAUGUUCCGCAACGAGAGCAAAUGAGUCUGGUGGUUGCUGAGUUUACGAAGAAGCUCGAUGAGGCACUAGAGCUGACAGCCCGCGCCCUCCCCCGCCUCGACGAAGACGACCGCCUCGCCCCCAUCCUCGCCCACCUCUCCCAAUCCUUCACAACGCCCGACGCCGCCUACUCCACCUCGGACGCCAACAUCGACGGUCUCUCCACCAUCACCGCAAACAGCAUCGACACACUCUCCCAACACUUCCCCCUCUGCAUGCGCAACCUGCACAACAGACUGCGCGACGACUCGCACCUCAAACACUUCGGCCGUCUGCAAUACACCCUCUUCCUCAAAGGCAUCGGCCUCAGCCUCGACGAAUGCCUCGUCUUCUGGCGCCGCAGCUUCAAGCUCAUCACCGACGAGAAAUUCCAAAAAGAAUACAAAUACAACAUCCGCCACGCCUACGGCGACGUAGGCGGCGAUGCAAACCGUCGCGGCCGCGGCUACACGCCGUAUUCCUGCCAGAAACUCCUCACCGAGGCCCUGCCUGGUGCUGGUCAAUCGCACGGCUGCCCCUACCGCACGUUCACGCCCGAAAACCUGCUCACGAUGUUGCAGCGCGUUGGUGUCAAUGAUAGAGAUGUGCUCAAGACGGUUAAAGAGGAUGUGGGGAAACAGAGGUAUCAUGUUGCGUGCAAUCGUGUGUUUGAGUGGAGUCACAAGAAGGAGAUUAAGAAGGUUAAGGAGGAGGGGAGUUGGAGUAGUAAUGAUUUGGAUACGAUUGUGCAUCCGAAUACGUAUUUUAAGAGGAGUUGGCUGCUGAAGCAUUUGGGGGAGGGGAAUGCGGGGGUGGUUGGUGGGGAGAAGAUGGAGGAGUGA